AUGGGCUUUCUUAGACGAGUCGCUGGCCUUACGCGUCACGACUUGGUUCGGAAUAGUGACAUCUGGAAGAGCCUUGGAAUACAACUUUUGCUUCUCCAGAUUGAGAAGUCACAGCUGCGAUGGCUUAGGCCUGUGUUGCGAGUGCCUCCAGAAAAAAAGGCUAAGCAACUGUUCCUUGCAAAUCCGACCGGCAAAAGACCCAGGGAACGGCCAAGAUUAACCUGGUGCAAACAUAUGGAAGGAGUCCGUUCCAGACUGCAUUUGUCUUUGGCCGAAGCUCAGACUCUGGCACAGAAUCGGGAACGUUGGAAGCACUGUCUGACGCGUCUGUCUCCGCGACCCGAAAGGAGAAGCGGCGAUGGAAGAUGA